UACAAAAACCCCAAAAACCAAACAAAGCCUUAAAAAUAAUGUUCCAAACCUUGAAAAACGAUUUUCAAAUUUGCGAAGAAAUCGGCCGUGGUAGAUUCGGUACCGUCUACCGCUGUUUUUCUCCGGUCACCGGAGAAUCCUUCGCCUGUAAAUCCAUCGAAAAAAAACUUCUUAUUGAUUCCACCGACCGUGAAUGUCUCGAUAAAGAACCGAAAAUCCUUCAACUUCUUUCCGGUAACCCCAACAUUCUUCAUUUGUAUAAGGUUUACGAAGAUGACGAGUUUCUUCAUAUGGUGACCGAUUUCUGCCCGAAUAGUGAUCUUUACGAACGGGUUUCAUCUGGGUCGGUGUCAGAAUCGGCUGCCGCGGCCAUUCUGACUCAGUUGGUUUCUGCGAUUAGCUAUUGUCAUCAUAUGGGUGUAGCUCAUCGUGACAUUAAGCCGGAUAAUAUAUUGUUUGAUUCGGAGAAUAGAUUGAAGCUUGCUGAUUUUGGAUCUGCGGAGUGGUUUGCGGGUUGUGAAGGAAGGAAGAUGAGUGGGGUUGUGGGUACGCCGUAUUAUGUUGCGCCGGAGGUGUUAAUGGGGAAAGAGUAUAAUGAGAAGGUUGAUGUGUGGAGUGCAGGGGUGAUUUUGUAUAUAAUGCUUUCUGGGGUUCCUCCUUUUUAUGGUGAAACGCCAACUGAGACUUUCCAAGCUGUUCUGAGAGGGAAUUUGAGAUUUCCGACGAGGAAUUUCAGGUCUGUUUCGCCUGAAGCUAAAGAUUUAUUGAGGAAGAUGAUAUGUAAGGAUGUUUCCAGGCGAUUUUCAGCUGAACAAGUACUGAGACACCCAUGGAUGAUUAAUGGAGGAGAAACAAGAUCAAUGGCUGAUCUAAACUGAACAAGAUGACUGGUUUUUCCAAGUCCUAACUAUCCUAUAAAUACUACUGCCAGUACAAAUCUGAUAAGCUUUUGCUGUAUAUACACCAGUUCAUGAGAAAAGGAAGAGAAUGAGAAGAAAGAAUAUCUUGAGAUGAUAUCAGUUCUACUCAAGAGUUUACAACAGGGGGUUCCCUCUUUAACUAUUUUUCUCCUUUGAGUUCCUGCUGUUGUGUUGUGGAGAAGAAUCUUAAGAGGAUAAUGAAUCUCCUACUAUAUGUAUUAUGAGAAGAAGAAGAAAAAACAAAAAAGGUUUUCCGGCUAUGUAAAAAUAGAUGAUUUUCCCACUUUUAUGUGUUUUUGGUAUAUGAAAGGCUGAGGAAGAGAGGGAGCAAUAAGUGUGCUUAUCCUUCAUGUUUUGUUUUAGAGGAGCACUAUGUAUUAUGGAAUCCUUCAAGUUUUGUUUUAGAGGAGCACUAUGUAUUAUGGAAUAAAGUUUGCUGCUUUUUGUAAUACUAUGGAUCUUUGAGAUAACAUCUAUAAUAUUUGUGUCUUGAAGCA